UUGAGAUUGAGGUUAUAUUUUGAAUUGCUUGCUUCCUAAAUCCUGCCGAAAUACAUGUAAUCAAGAAAUGUCUCUACAAGAUCGGGUUUUGAUGCAGAAAAUAAAAAGGAACGAAAAGCGGAAACUUAAGUUAUUAAAACUAAAACAAGAAGCUUGUAAAAAUGAAACAAAUGUACAAAAUGGUGUGAUUGGUGUGAAGUCAGAUGCAGUCGUGGGAGGAAAAAGUCAAAUCACAUCACCUAAAAUUGAAAAUAGCAACAAAAGAAAGGGAGACCAAGUUCAAGGUGUAAAAAAAAAAAAGAAGAAGAAGCUUAAAAUUAGUUCAAGCAACCAAAAUGAUGUUAGUGACGAAGAAGACAGUGAAAGUAUUCCAGAAAACUCCCUUAAUGGUUCAGUCGAGAGCAGCAGUGGUCCAGAUUCUAAACAGAUGAAAAAUAAAAAGAAAAAGAAGAAGAAAACUCUCUCGGAAAGUGAUGCAAGUAUCAGUAGAGAAAGUCAACCACAAGAAAGUUCCAGUAAAAAAGAAAAGGCCGAUGAAAACAAUUUGCUGUUGCCUGGCUCAUCGCUGUCCUUGGAUCUACUGAAGGACAGCUCCUUCUCUACACUGCAAGGCCAUGUAUGUGAGCAGACUCUCAAGGCUGUGGAGGAGAUGGGGUUCACCAACAUGACUGAGAUACAAGCCAAGUCCAUCCCCCCGCUGCUGGAGGGCCGAGACAUAGUCGCACGCGCCAAGACUGGCUCCGGCAAGACACUGGCGUUCCUCAUACCCGCCAUAGAACUCAUCUACAAGCUCAAGUUCAUGCCGAGGAAUGGUGUGGGUUGUCUGAUUAUCUCACCCACUAGGGAGUUGUCCAUGCAGACAUUUGGAGUGUUGAAGGAGUUGAUGGCUCAUCACUACCACACUUAUGGUCUCAUCAUGGGAGGAGCCAACAGAGCCACCGAGGCACAGAAACUGGCCAAAGGUAUAAACAUAAUUGUGGCAACUCCUGGCAGACUGUUGGAUCACCUACAGAACACUCCAGACUUCCUGUACAAGAAUCUGCAAUGUCUGGUGAUAGACGAGGCUGACAGAAUAUUGCAGAUCGGAUUUGAGGAGGACAUGAAACAGAUCAUCAAUCUGUUACCAAAGAGACGACAGACGAUGCUGUUCAGUGCCACGACCACAGACAAGACAGAGGCCCUCACCAGACUGGCCCUCAAGAAGGAGCCUGUGUACGUGGGAGUGGAGGACAAAACUGACAUGGCUACUGUGGAUGGGCUGGAGCAAGGCUACGUCAUCUGCCCCUCAGAGAAGCGAUUCCUCCUCCUCUUCACCUUCUUGAAGAAGAACCGCAAGAAGAAAGUGAUGGUUUUCUUCAGCUCUUGCCUCUCAGUGCAGUUCCACCACGAGCUGCUUAACUUCAUAGAUCUAAACUGCAUGUGUAUCCAUGGUAAGCAGAAGCAGAUGAAACGUACGACGACAUUCUUCCAGUUCUGCAAUGCCUCGGAAGGUAUUCUGCUGUGUACUGAUGUAGCAGCAAGAGGUCUAGACAUUCCUGAUGUAGACUGGAUCGUACAGUUUGACCCUCCUGACGACCCCAAGGAGUACAUUCACCGUGUGGGUCGUACAGCCAGAGGACAGGGCGGUAAAGGUCACGCACUGUUGAUACUCCGACCAGAGGAACUCGGAUUCCUAAGGUACCUCAAACAGGCUCGGAUACCUCUCAACGAGUUUGAGUUCUCAUGGAAAAAGAUUGCUGACAUCCAGCUGCAGUUGGAGAAGCUGAUUGCCAAGAACUACUUCUUGAACCAGUCCGCAAAGGAGGCAUUUAAGGCGUAUGUGAGAGCUUACGACUCCCACCAUCUGAAGCUCAUCUUCGAUGUGGCCACCCUGGACCUGGCUAUGGUCGCCAAGUCCUUCGGCUUCACAGUGCCUCCUGCUGUUGAUCUGCAAGUGUUAAACUCCAAGAACUCAAGACCACGUAAGAGGACGGGAGGUGGAGGGCUUGGCUUUUACAACAACUUGAACAAGAACGACAAAUCCAAACCCAACUUCAGAUACGUUCAGCCCAAACGAUAAAUACAUUUUGUAUAGAUUAUGUUUUCUAUAUGUUAACUAUAUCCAUUAUUAUUUUUA